AUUUGUGGAACCCAGCGUCCAGCAAGCCAACUGGAAGGCUAUUCCAUCUCACCUUCAAGGGUCAGGCUCUCAACCUUACAUGAUGUCAAACACUGGCAAACCUGACUUCAAUCUUACUCACACAACACCACACUCCAAUGGUCUCUCUUUAGAGGAUGUCCAGCAAGGGGGGCUGACCAAUGGGUCUGUGGAUGGAGAUCAACGGUCGCAGUCAGAUGCAGCAUCCAGUAACUCUGGAAGUGAUCUGCUGAUAGAUUUGUCAGAGGCAGACUUUGCACCAUCUGCCAAGCCAUCUUCUCUUCUCUCUGCUCUGAAAGAGAGCUUGGCUGCUGAGAAGGAAGCAGAGCCAUCUGAAGCAACUGCCUCCGACGAGAACAUUGGAAUCACUGGUGAGGUCAUGUAUUCAGACAGUAAUUCCCAGCUAGAUCGGCAAGACUUUACAACAUAUUCAACAAGAUCAAUGUCAAUAAGUGAUUUGAAUAAUAUUGACUCCUCACCACCUACAGAACAAUCUGAAAUGAAAGGACAUUCAAGUGAGGAACAUUCAUCAAAACUUGAUAGCAAUCAAGAACAAAUUCCUGUAUCCACUUUUUCACAAAUGGCACUAUCAAAGAGCAACUCAGAAACUUCAGGAAGUGUGCGGGACACAGUAGGUGAGUCUACUCCAAAUACCUUUGGUCAAAUAUCCGAACAAAAUCAUGAGCAUUCUUCCACCAAGAGUGGAACAGAACAAAACUCAAUGGAUGACAUCCUCUUUACUAGAACUGAAGAUGAAUCAGUGUCUGUUGAAAGAUCGAUUGAUAAACCAGUUGAAAAACCUGUUGAGAGCAGUGGUAUUCAGAAACCUGUGGAGCAAGAGACGGCAGAAAUGGGAUCGAUAGAACUGAACAAAGACGAUACUUUGGAGAAAGGUUCACCAACCAGUUAUACCUCGAGCUCCAGUACUCCACCAGUGGAUUCAGAAACCAUGCAGGAAUACAUGAGACAAGGUGCAAGACCAAAGCAAUUAGGUUACAAGACUCCAGAACAGAGCCCUCUGAAAAACACAAGCGACAAGGAUCAGGGGAAAGAGGAGCCGCCAUCAAAUGUGAUAAGAGUGACCGAGUCACCGCCCGUCAUUGGAUUCAGUACUCUGUCCAAUGUGACAGUGUCUCAGUCAGAACUUGAUGAAUUGGAUGAUCAUGAUUCAAAACCAUUGGCAUAUGAUGUGUCUGGGAGUGAGGUUUUAAGAAGGGAUGGGAAAAUGCCCACUUUUGGACCAACGAAUCAGGAUGUUUCUGUGAUGGCAGGGGAUAGUCAAUCACCUUACAUGUUGACAGGGCAAGAUGAAAUGAUGAACAAGGACAGGAACACCAUGGACAGCAGUGUGGCACCUUCAGCACCGGGAUUGGUACCACUACGGUCAGAUAUUGCAUCUCCGACAACUGCGAGGGUUCCUCGCAACACUAUGAAACCAUUGAAUAAUGACAUUUCAGCACCACCCAAUGUGAGUAUUACACCCCAUAGUAAUCACUUGAGCAUUCCCGAUGAUCAGGACAAUAUCGAAGAUAGAAUUAGUCCUUUAUCAAAGAUUCUUGAUCAACAGUAUAGGUUGGAAAUGAACAAUUCCAAAGGAAAUGACAAUGAGUUAGCCAAAGUGGACCCAUUUUAUGGAAGCAAUCCUCAGUUUGAAUCUUCAACGGAAGAAGAGGUUGUACCUGCUGCUUUGUCCAACAUUUUAAACCCAUCUAUGCAUACCAAGUUGCAGUCAGGAGAUUGUCCUGGUGUGGUUUCUCCUGGCAAAGCUGACCCUUCAUCAAGUGUCCAUCCAGCUGUGAGCACUCUAGGUUUUGGAAUCACCCAGCCAUCUGUCGAUGUCAACAUUUCUGUUAUGCCAAAGAUGAAUAAUGAAAGACACCAAGUUAACCCUGACACUGUAAGCCAUGCAGCCAGCCAUCAAAAUGGGGAGCAGGACCUGCCCCUUGUUGACAAAGAACAUCAAAGACAACCAAACACAUCUCAUCUGUCAAGCCCUAUGAACAAUCAUACAGAACUUAGUCACCAGGUCAGUGAAAACAGCAGACUGCAAGAUCUUGCCCCCGUGCAAAAUUUUUCAAUUCCAGCUGGGGCUCCUCCGGAAUUAUCCACAGCUCAACCAGUUCCACCUUCAAUGUCUCCAGAGCUGGCUGUUGAAGCUAACCUUGAGGAUUCAUUAAACAAUUUACCGCCGGACCCUCCAUCUUACCAACAGGUGGAACAAGCAACACACAAAGAGCGCAAUAUUUCCCGUCAUGGACUGACUCUUGACUUUGGCAUGGGUGGAUCGGAACAAAUGAAUGGAUAUCCCGAUGAACACACACAGGGCAUUAAUGAGAGUGACCCGUCUCAUAAUCCACAUUUCGUGGCACCGCCCAACGUCUCGUUAACACCGGGCAUGGGUCUUCCGGUUGAGCAAAGCCAAAACGGAGCCAUGCCUUCAGGUAAUGGGAACAUGCCCGGUGAUGUCGGUGUUGUUGAGAAUGGAGAGUUGGCUGUGUCUGAGGGAAUGGAUCCGAUGACAGCACAGAACAAUGCAGUGAAUGCUCAACACAUGGUACCAGCUCCAGGAGGUGGUGAACCUGUGCCGGGUGAUGUUGCACCUAUCUGGAUUCCUGACUCAGACGCACCUUCCUGCAUGGGGUGUAACCUGAAAUUCACCUUCAGGAAAAGGAGACAUCAUUGCAGAGCAUGUGGAAAGGUGUUUUGCUCCAAGUGUUGUAGUGUUCGUGUUCGACUGAGGUACAUGGAUAGCAAAGAAGCAAGGGUGUGUGUAGGCUGUCUCAAUGCUAUACUCACAGCUGAAGCUCUAGAGAGGGUCAGAAGGCAGGGUGGAACAACCUCUUUAGAGAACAGCCCUGCUGGUUCACCUGCACAUCAAGCUGUAGCACAGACCCUGGAACCUCCUGCCACAACCAAUCCAGAAAAUACCGUCCAGAGGAGCAAGUCCGUCCUGAGGAGACCUGUCUCAGAGGGUACAAGACUGAGAGAGACAAGGAGUGUCCACUUCUCAGACGGCACUACCCCAGGCAAGGACACCACUGGACAGACAAAUAGCCCGCCGUCCACCGGCGGGGGUGACGGUGACACGACCUCAACGCCUAUCCCUGGUGAUCCAUCGGUUCAGAACAUUCCCACUUCCAUCAGAGGUAUCCCGGAGCUCCAGGGAGGGAACAGAAGGCGGUUACAACGUCAGGGGUGGCACAAGAGCCUCAUCCCUGAGGAUGAAUCCAGACUACCUCCUGUCAUUCUUACCACAGAGGUGAAGGGAGAGUUUUCGGUGGAUGAUAAUCCGAACAUGGAGAAGAUUUUGAAUGACUUGAAGAGUGACAAUCCUGUUCCUGCUGUCUUCGUUUUAAGCAAAAAUCUGAUGGUUCUCAUCCAGAUAGUAGACUUGAAUUGUUGUGUGAAUAGGACAUGUUGGUGUUUUAGUACCAAGGGACUAGCUACGGUUGGUCAGGAUGAGGUAGUGAUCAUUUUAGAAUGUCUACCAGAUGAGAAGACCAUUCCUAGAGACAUCUUCUGUCAUCUGUACAGUCUCUAUGAAGAUGCUAAAAGAGGUAAUACCGUUACAGACAUGAGUCAUACAAUCUUUGCUGGAGGUGGAUUCCUUGGUAGCAGAGACCAUGGUGGAUUUCUCUACAUCAGACCAACCUUUCAGUGUCUUCAGAAACUCAUCUUCCCAGAACCACCCUAUCUGGUAGCCGUCCUACUCCAGAAGUGGGAGACACCCUGGGCUAAGGUUUUCCCCCUGAGGUUGCUUUUGAGACUCGGAGCUGAAUUUAGAUAUUAUCCAUGUCCUCUAAUGAGCGUUAGAUUCAGAAAGCCAGUCUUUGGAGAGAUUGGUCAUACCAUCAUGAACCUACUAGCUGAUUUUAAGAAUUAUCAAUACAAGUUGCCUGUGAUCAGGGGUGUUGUUAUUCAUAUGGAAGACAAACAGACAGUCAUCAAAUUCCCAAGAAAUCGAUAUGAUGAGCUCAUGAAGGUGUUGAAUAACUCCAAUGAGCAUGUGAUGGCACUGGCCGCUAUCUUCAGUCCAGAUGCAGACUCUCAUCUGGUUUGUAUGCAGAAUGACCAGGGUACCUAUCAGACACAGGCUAUCAAUAUACAGAAUAAACCAAGAAAAGUGACUGGAGCUAGUUUCGUUGUUUUCAAUGGCGCCCUCAAGAGCAGUUCUGGUCUGACGGCAAAGUCCAGCAUCGUUGAGGAUGGUCUGAUGGUCCAGAUCCGUCCCGAGACCAUGACGCUUCUCAAGGACUCCAUGCGUCAGAUGCAGGAGAUGUCUAUACCCUGCGGGAGCAGCGUAGCAGACACGCCAGAAGAGACUGUGCUUGUCCAGUGGGUUGAGGAUGAUAAGAACUUCAACAGUGGAGUGACCAGUCCCAUCGAUGGUCGAUCCUUGACCGGCGUGGAGAGCAUUCGAAUCCACAAUGGAACCGAGUACCAUGGUCACAACCGAGCCAUCCGUUGGACAGAGGUCUUCUUCAUCCAGAAUGGCCUCGGUGAAGGAGAGUCCCUGGGUCAUCCGAACGUUCCUGAGCCGGUGGACCUGAGUAGGCUAGCAGAAAGCUUGGCCUCUGCCUUCUGCCUGGCACUGAGUGGAAGCCUGAAUGAACUGAGGGAAGCUGGAUUAGUGAAACUAGGUCUCAGGGUUACAGUGGACAUUGAAAGGGUUGGAUAUGAAUCAGGGUCAAAAGGUCAACUGCUCCCACCUCAUUACAUGAACAGUCUAGACAACGAGCUCAUCCCAGUUGUGCAUGGUGCCAUUUCACAGCACGAGGGCGCCCCAGUAGUAUUGGAACUCAUUUUUCACAUAAUUGACUGAUACCAGUAAACUGGCAAUGAUGCUGCUCUUCUUGCAAUAGGGAUUCUACCAAGGGUUAGCUUAGCUAAUUGGAGUGUGAUUUUUUUAAAUGCUGAUGUAAAGAUGCCUGUGCUCUCAUUCAUUUCAUUGUCAGUGGCAAAACAAAUUUCAUGGUAGUAUUCCAACACCUUCACAAGUAUGUGAGUGCUUACACUUUGCUAACAUUGCACAAAUCAUAAGCAGUAUGUUUCUCUGCUGAUGAGGGCUAUAAUGCAACAGUGUAGGAGGAGUAUCUGCCGAAGCUGAGCUAUAGUAAAGCUUGUAUUCAACUGAGACUUCUACAAACAGGGCAUGCAGAUUGACACAUAGGCCCUUACAUGUCUGUGCAUUACUUUGUGUAACUAAAGAAAAGCUCGUAUUGAAGUAAUUGAGAAAAGAUGGAUGUUGAUUAAUGAUUAUAAAUCAUUUAAUUCUUAUCUUCCACAGUUCCUCCUUUUGCUUAUAACAUUGCUCGCAGUCAUCAAUUGCAGUUUAGAACAUUGUAAACAUGAUCUUUGCCUGAUGCCAGUGUGUACAUUUUCAUAUGAGAUUGAACUGUUUUACCACUGCUAGUAGAACUGGGCAUACAAG